AUGACGGGUACGACCUGGGUUCUGCAGUGGAAGGAUGCACAAGGCACGGCUUCGCUGGGACUGCUACAGGAGCGCUUGUUGCGCGGCCUACGUGCGAGCCUGAAGGGACGGUGGAGCCUCGAUACGCGUCUGUUCCGGUCGCCACACAACUACCUGGAGCUGCAGAACAUCAAGAACCGCGGCACAGCAUCGGACAAGUCAAUGUACCUGGUGGUGCGCGGACAGGGGGCGGCACGGCGGCAGUUUAUAGUGAUGGCUAGCAACCGCGUGGUGGUGGAGGCGGAGCCUGAAAUGGAGUCGAUCCUUUUGCGGCUCAAAAACCUGUGGACGCCUCGGCAGUCGGCACGGAUCGAGGGAUACAGCUACGAGGGAGACGACUGGGUGAUCCACAUUGGCAACAUGAUGGUGGGCACAAGCUACAAGGGCCUGGUGAUUGAGAUUAACUACCUGCCGUGCUCGAACCCGGACCAGACGUACGGGCUGAUGCGCGAGCUGUUAAUGAUGAUUCUGCCUGCCGAUGCCCAGAUCGAUGUCAACAGCGGCGUGGACUACCGCCGGGCCGGGCUCGACCCGCAUUGUAUGACGGACCGCCACACUGCAUACCAGUACGUGCACCUGUUUACCCAGAGCAGCCUUCUGUGA